UGCUAGUGGGGCAGACAAGGACCGCUUCCUGGUGUCUGGGGGAAGGAGAAGCGCCCCCGCCCCCCGUUCGGAACGCUCUCCAUCUCCAGUCCCUCAGAGGAAGUCGUGGCGAAGAAGCUGCUUCCAGGCCCCCGCGCGCCUCUCCAGGUGCCCGUCCCGCUCCCGCGGCGCCUUCCUCCGGGAGGCUCUUCGCGGCGGCCGGACCCGGCCGACUUCCCUUCCAGCCGAGGCGCCUCCUUCCGCUCAGCGCCGCGCGGCUCCGCUCGGGACGUGUCCGCGCCUCCGCGACCACCGGAGCCACUUCGGGGCGAUGCUGGGGCCGCCGGUCUGGGCGCUGGUGGCCGGAGUCCUGCUGGCGCUGUCGCCGGGCCGGGCGGGGGGCGCCCCGAGGGCGGGCCGGCGGCCGGCGCGGGCGCGGGGCUGCGCGGACCGGCCCGAGGAUCUCCUGGAGCAGCUGUACGGGCGGCUGGCGGCCGGCGUGCUCGGCGCCUUCCACCACACGCUGCAGCUGGGCCCGCGCGAGCAGGCGCGCAACGCCAGCUGCCCGGCCGGGGGCAGGCCCGCCGACCGCCGCUUCCGGCCGCCCACCAACCUGCGCAGCGUGUCGCCCUGGGCCUACAGAAUCUCCUACGACCCCGGCCGCUUCCCCAGGUACCUGCCCGAGGCCUACUGCCUGUGCCGGGGCUGCCUGACCGGGCCGCGCGGGGAGGAGGAUGUGCGGCUGCGCAGCGCCCCAGUGCUCGUGCCCGCGGUGGUCCUGCGUCGGACCCCGGCCUGCGCGGGCGGCCGCGCCGUCUAUACUGAGGAGUACAUCACCAUCCCCGUGGGCUGCACCUGCGUGCCCGGGCCGGACAAGGAUGCAGACGGCACCAACUCCAGCCUGGAGAAGCCGGCCCAGCCCUGAGCAGCCAUCCCCAACCCGGGGACCCCGAGGCCCCAAGGAAACUCGGACGGAGCACCCAGCGCUGGACUGGACUGCGUGCGAGCUUGACCUCCUGCAUCCCCCAGGCUUCCUCUUGGGCAGGAGCGCAGGGCAGUGAAAGGUGUCGGGAACCAACCACGUGGCAGCUCUGCGUGGGCUGCCCAAGGCUGGGGCCACCACAGGUGACCCACUUCGCCAGAGUUCGUUGAGGCUCCCGGCCACCGGCCCCUUGCAACCACGGGUGGUAGCGCUGCAAGGACCGCUGGGAGGGGACAGAGCCUCACAAGAUAGAGGACAGACAGACAGACACUUAGCACCUGUUUUUUAGCACCUUUUAAAAAAAAAAGAAUAUAUACCCUCUUGUUUAGUCAGCUAUUUUCAGUAGGGGCAGAAACUUUUUAUAUUAGCCACUUUGAGCAAGUAUAUUAAAAACACUGUACUUGACAUGUAAACAUUUUAUAAACAUUGUUUUUCAGUUCAUCAGCAGGAGUUUUUAGAAGUGCAGGUGGAACCCUCACCCUCUAGCCCGCCUGAAUCCCGCUGUUGCUGAUGGUCACCAGUGGACAUGGCUGCAUAGGACCUGCCCUCCCUCCGGGAGGCUCAGCUCACCCCAGAAUCUCAUACUUGUAUAAAUCGCUGCAGGUUUAUACAAUUAGAUUUUUUUUUCACUUGCAGACUUUCAAUUCCCAGAAAUCAGGAGUGGAGUCCUCGUCUGCAACUGCAAAGUGAGCUAAACCUUUACCCUUUUCUUUAGGCUUAAGUCUGUCCCCGAACACAAUUACUUGUAAAAGUAAAGUUCUUAACUCGCUUUAAAAUCCUUAAAACAAUUGUAGGUGAAAGGCACGCUGGCUGUGCAUUUCUCGCUGGACUCUGCUCUGAUGGGCUCCACUAAUUUUCAGAGGAAACUUUUCAGAGGAAACAGUGGUAAUGAAGGUCUUCACUUUAUCUUAAUUUUAUGGUUAAUGUUCAGGAAGAUCACCUGCAGAGUCGGCCUCUGCAUCGUUGUUUAUGUGCUCUUGUCCCUACUUACAAUCAGCCUUGGUUUGAUCUGGACAGAAGGUACUGAGAGAACUUUCAAUUUGUACCAAAUAUGGACAGAGGUUGUGCAUGGAAAACACUGCUGAGCAAAAUUCAUAAACAAUUCAAAAUUGAAAUUGAUAGCUGUGGGUAGUUCUAUACCAUUUGGGGAAUUUUACUUCUGUGCUCAACCUCUGGGGAAGAAAAAAGGUAAGCCUAGUAGUGGUAUAUCUAGCAUACAUUCUUGUCCAGAAAACAGAAGGUUCAGAUCAAUGUCAACAAAGAAA